GCUACUCAUAUAGUUUGGCCACCAAAUCGAUGGCAACAGUUACAUUCUACAAAACCUAAUCAUGAGAGCUGUUAGUUUUGUAAAGAAAUUGCAAUGGGAAUUACCUGGUACUGUAUUCAGACAUGGCUUAACCAUAGGAGAUGUUGAUAAUGAUGGUGAUAAUGAAUUGGUUGUUGGUACUGCUGAAGGAGAACUUUAUAUCUUCAAGGGAUCAGAAUUGUGGCAGAAAAUUACUGGCCUUGGUCUUAUAACUAGUGUAGCGAUUGGAGAUAUUUUUAAUUAUGGACGCAAUGCUCUAGUUGUUAUCUGUGGCGAUGGAUGGACACAUAUAUUUUACAGUCCCAGAUCUGUCAAUCCUAACAACCCUAACAUACUUACAGGCCAACAUAUCAGUAAAGAUACAAACGAGCAAGACAAUUUCAAAACAAGUGCUGAUACAGGAAAUUCUCAAAAUACAGAACAUGUUGACAAUACUAAUGAAAUCAAUGAACUCUCUGGGAAAAUGGAAUGUGUACAUGUACAAAGAAUCCCAACUAAUACAAAAAUAGUGCUGAUAGCGGAUGUCGACAAAGAUGGUGCUAAUGAGAUGAUUCUUGGUCUGACGGACCGUGUUGUAAGAUCUUACAGAUGGUCGAGUAAUGCUGACUUGGAAACAGGAAAAUUAGUUGGCUUAAAUAAGUGGGAAUGUACUAAUCAAAUAGGAACGGUUACGUUACAACAUACUGGUGAUGGUACACCAACUUUAUUAGUCGCACAACCUGGUGGCACAUUCAUGCGGAUUAAGUGCAAUCCUGAAGAUUGUCAAUCAAAGAAUAGUUCCUGCGAAGCUGUAGAUUAUCAGACAUUAGGAAUAUCUAGAAUGCGCAAUCAAAAUAUUUCGACGGAGAUUAUUGGAGAUUUAAAGCCAGGAAAAACGCCAUUUAUUUCAACGAUUGAAUCUAAAAUAUCUAGUUAUGUGCCGAAAGAUAAAUUGCCAAAACAAAUUUUCGCAGACGAUAGUCAACUAGACAGAAAAACAUUCAAACCUACAUCGCUCGAGUUCAAAAGAAACUUCUCACAGCCAGCGUUUCGAAAAAAUAGCCUGGAUAUGGCUGGCGAGUAUGGUAGAGAUUUUACAACAGAAAAUCAAGGCCUAGUUAGAUUUUAUAGUCCCAUUGAAUCUUCAAGCACUGAUGAAAUGGAUGGCAACUUUAUCGGUGGCAAUGUUAUUCUCGGAGAAUACGAUAAUAAAACUAUGAAAGAUACAUUAUUACCAUCUUUUACAAAUUUUUCCCACAAUAAUAAUAAAAAUAAUAAUAAUAGCAACAAUAUCAGUAAAUCAAAUCAAGAAAAAAACAUAAAAGAUGAUACAGAUUCAAACAAUGAAGUCACCAGUGAAAAUAUUUCGAAGGGAAAACCUUAUGCCUUAGCAACACUUGAUGGAACUAUUAUGUUAGUACAAGAUGAAGUCAUUUUAUGGGCUAUGCAGGUAGAUCAUCAGAUAUUCGCUUUAUGUCGAUUGGAUGUCACAGGUGAUAAUUCUGACGAGAUAAUAGCUUGUGCCUGGGAUGGUCAGACUUAUAUUUUGGAUCAGCAACGACAUAGUGUGCGCUUUCAAUUUGAGGAACCGGUCAGAGCUUUUUGUACGGGAAAUUACAACGUGAUUCCGGGAACAUCUAGUCCUAGCUUGGUGUAUAAUACUUUCAACAACAAGAUUUAUCUUUAUUAUGAUGUUACUCUGCCGAGCAUGACGAUCACUGCUCUGAAUCCCAUGAAGGACUUCGAAUCUGAUGAAAUGCAAGUUUUAGAGAAAUUAUUGGGCGAGUGUAAUAUAAACGAGAAACAGCAAAAGAUGCGACAGUUAACUGAGUGGUUGUUGUAUGGCGUACAUUAGUAUAUAACAGAUAUAAUUAUGUAUAC